AGGUCAUAGAAUUUGAUCUGGAAAAAGUUCUAGCCCAUAAUGAAAUUUUAAAAAAAAGCCAUUUCUUCAAUAAAAUAAAUUUCACAUUUCGUAGGAUGACAUAUGGUCCUUAACAGUUCAUUAGAGUGUGACUGACUAACGGAAUGGUUGACUAAAACAAUCAUUAAGCACUGACACGAAAGGACUUUUAGUUGUAUGAAAAUUUGAAAAAUGGAGUAAAAAGUAACUUCCAUAACAUGAAGCCCUUCCGCAGAAGGUCCGCAUUGGUCGAGAACGCGCAUGUCCUUCUGGUUGGUCCCGGGAUUCAGGAAAAUCAGGAAAAGUCGUUGGAACUCCUGCGCCUUUGCUAACGCCCGUUUAGGGGAGAACACAUGGGACAAAACCUGCCUGAUCAUCGAUCCUUUGGAAUGUCUUUAAUUUUCAAGGUCACUUUUCAAUUUCGAAACAUUAGUGGAGAAUGAUUGACGUGAAGUGAAGUGAUUAUUUUGUAUAUCAAUCAGAAGAAAUCGUCUGCUUCUUUGGAAUUUGUUUAGGUUCUGUAUCUUCAAUAUUAAAUCGUGCGAGCUGUGUUUAAUCAAUAUCGGCGUUGAAGUUUCUCGCUUUUGUAUCGGCAUGGAAAACCUGUGGAAAAAGCUGGAAUGUGUGGAUUAAAAACGUCUGCAAGGACAAAUAUUAUCCUUAUUUAAAAUAAAAAAAUGAUUCCUCGAUCCGUAGAUCAGGAUGGGUCACAUGGUCACGGUUCUAAACUCUCCGAACUCAAACUAAGUAUAAUAUUUCCUAAAACUUAAAAUGAACCUCAAACAAUGUAAAUCCCUCCACUGUUCCGUGUCAUUUUUGCUUUAGUGCUCUAGUUUAAAAAGAAAAACCAUAACUGUCAUUUACACAGUUGUGAGUGUUAAUAGUUAUUGUUAAGUGUUUAUAAAUUAUAUUCGUUGUUGAAAAUAUUGUGCUUGUGCAGAUUUAUAUUGCGUCCAACGCCUACGUGGUAAUAUUCAGGCUUCAAUAGAUGGUCAGCUAAACAAUCAAAUAUUUUUGCUCAACCCUAAAAAGAAAUAAAGUAAUUUUUAAUUUGCUGAGCACACUGUUGGUAAAGCACAUUUGCUGUUUUUGUUUGGGAAACAAAAAUAUUUAAAGUAUGUGUAUGAAACAAUCAUUAGUGUAGUCAAUGAUGUUAUCUGUCGAAGAUAAUUGCCAUUUAAAAGCUAUAAGUUAAGCUGCCAAAUUAUUUUAAGAAUUCCUAUACUGAAUUUGACGUCCAAACCUACUAACAAUUGGCCAUGGGAAAUGGAAUGAACAAAGUUCUUCCUGGUUUGUAUGUUGGCAACUUCAGAGAUGCAAAAGACCAGGAACAACUCCGAGCCAAUAACAUUACUCACAUUAUAUCCAUCCACGACAAUGCAAAAAAAGUUCAUGAUGAUAAAGAAUACCUAUGUAUACAAGCUGCUGAUACUCCAGGGCAAGAUCUCAAGCAGUUCUUUUCACGAUGCAAUGAUUUUAUUCACAGAGCUCGAACAAAUGGUGGUGGAGUACUCAUUCACUGCCUUGCUGGUGUCUCUCGCAGUGUGACAAUUGCUACAGCUUACCUUAUGUCCAUCACAUCCCUGUCUUGCAAGGAUUCUUUAAAAAUCUUGAGAGGUGCGAGGAGCAUUGCUAAUCCAAAUUGUGGAUUCCAAAAGCAACUUCAUCAGUUUGAAUUCCAGCGACUAACCGAGGAGAGGCGACGCUUGAGAGAGCGGUACCCUAAACAAACCUUUCAAAUCGAUGAAAAGGAAUGCAAGAAAUUACUCGUCAUUUAUCAUGCUACAACCAAAACCAAAGAACCAUGUGGUGGAAUUUGUAGAAGAUAUGGACCUCCACCAUCUCCAAAGAGAAGAUCACCUAAUCGGGACAAUCCCAGGUCUUCAUGACAACUGUUCUGGCCUGAAAAGGCUAACAGCAAGUAAACAUAUUCGUAAAGUGUGAUCUAUGCUUAAAUUAAGAAAGCUCAAUAAUUAUUGUAUAUUUUAUUGGAGGAAAUGUCUUGCCUUAAUGAAUUUGGUGAGGCUAAAUGAAAAGAUGGUUUAUAAUUAAUUUUACAAAUUUUUUUUUGGUGCAAAAGUGCUCACUUACUGCUCUUGACUAUGCAAUUUUUAAUUGUAGCGACAGACUAGUCAAAAUACCAUAAAUGCAUUGUUUUUAGAGAUGUUUGGUUAUCUAAUUUGUGCGAUCCCUUUAGCUGUGAGACAUACUUACUGUCUUGCACAGCAAACCAGUUUUUCUCUGUACUAUAGAAAAAAAAAAUGCUAAGCUAGGAAAUUUUAUACAAAUUUGCUCCAGUAGCUUUACAGUUAAAGGGUUAAUCAUAAAUGACGAAAGAUGCAGAUUGAAUCCUAAUUUUGGCAUUGUCUUUACCAGGCUCUACAGUUUACACCUGAUAACAGAUAGAAAGUGCAUUUAUUUCAUAAUUAAUGCAAACUUUCUAGUGUGUAAAAUGCAAUGAACUUUCCAAUGAUAAUGCAACAAAAUCAUUUCUUGAUCGCAAAUCAAUUUAAUUUAACAAUUAAAACUAUGAGUAUGAAACAGGUUACCCUGAUUAGAAGCCUAGUAUAGAUAACUUGUUUAUCAGCUUAUUGGUAUAAUUGCAAAUUUUUUUUUUUAUUUAGCCUUUUUUCAAUAAAAAAUAUCAUUUGCCAUUUUUAAGUUCUGGUUGGGAAAAGUUUUUUAUUUUAUUUUUAAAAAGCAUUUAAUGCAUCUUUAUGUAAUAGAAUUUGUUUAAAUUCAUUUACAAAGUAAAUCUGUCACUAACUAACAACUAAAUAAUAAGUAUUCUUAAUUAUUAAGGAGUAGAAUAGAACUGAUUCAAAUUAUUGCCGAAUCAAAGAAAUACUAUUAAUAGAAUAAUAAAUAAUUCAUGUUUGCUUGUUUUUUUUUGUUUGUUUGUUAUAAUGCAAUGAUGUUUCUAUUUGAAAAGGCAUUAUGCGAAAGAAUAGAAUUUUUUAUUGCGCAGUUGCAUUAAAUAAUAGUUGUUUCAUGAAUUAGUGCAUAUAUCUGAUUCAUAAUCAAACUAGAAUACUCAAAGUUAUAAAAACAUUUUAAAUCUCAUUCGUUUAGAAAGAUUUAGUAUUUACUAAUUUUCAUUAGUUAUGAGAGAUUUCCAACUAGUGUCAAGAGCAUGACAAAUUAAAAAAAAAAAUUUUAAAAAUGUACAGUUUUCUCUAAUUAAAUAUAUACAGAGUAAAAUAAUAAAGAGCAGGCUAAUGAUAUUGUAUUGUUUUCUUAAUUAUAUAACAAGUGCUUUAGUGGAUUCUUAGUUAAGAUUUUGAAUCUGCUUAUAUGGGUUAAGAAAAGUGUAAAGAUUGUACUUAAAAGUUAAGUUUAAAAAAAAAACGUGUUUUUUUUUUAAUGGACCAACACGUUAAUAAAAUCAUGUAAAUAACCUUGUAGCAUUAUGUUAGUUAACGUCUUUGUCUGUUACUUUAUUUUUGAUUUUUUGAAGGAAUGCCAACUUACGAAGAUUUCAUAAAAUUUUAUUUACAUAAAUAACUUGCUUUUUUUAAUUUCUUUAAAUUAUCGUACUAUGCGAUUUCUUUCAACCUUGGAAUUUUUUUAAAUUUGCUGGAAGAAAGAUUGUAAUCUCUAAAAUUGAGCAUUUUUGUUAAAAAUAAUAACAAAACUUUAUUUUGGGUACUAAUUUUUGACUCAAAAUUUUAAUUUAAAUUACAUACAUAUGUUUGUGUUUGUAUUUUGUUUAUAUGUAUUUUGUAUUUCUUUUUCCUCUUUUAAAAAGAAAGGUAAAAAGUUGUUUGGAAACUUUUUAUUUUCGUUAAAAGUCUUAUUAGAUGUUGAAAUAUUAUAGUAUAAAAUUGAAUCUUGAAAUGAUAUGAAAAGAAUAAUAUGGAAAUGAAUCUUUAAACAAUUGCCAUAAGGAUUAAUAGUUGUUUUUCUGUUAGUGAUACCGUUUUCUGGUUAUCGAAAAAAUUUGUUAUCCUAUCUCAGUCAGCAGUUUUAUUUUGAACAAUGUUGAAAAUUAUUCCUUAAAGUUUAAAUAGUUUUUAUUUGUCUUAUUUUCAUCUUUCUAGUCUCAGUGACAAAUUAUUAUCAUUGGCAUAUAGAAUAUUGAGCAUUUUAUAAUUAUCUAAGCAUAACUUAAAAGUAGCUUAAAUAACCAACAGCAUUUUAAAAAAUGUAUUAAACAUUUUUUUCUUUUUUUUCUGCACUGUAAAAGAAAUUUGCUUUUAUGGCAAUUGUACGAGGUUGGCAUUCCUAAUUUAAAGCUAAUAUUAUUUAACGUUGCAUGUGAACACACUGUAAUACAGUUGCACAUUAAGUUGUCAAUGUUCAGGGAAAUGUUAAUAUUUUUAUGACUAUAUUGAAAGUUUCUAGUGUUGCAUAGGAAUGAAACAGUUUAAGGCUUGUUAUCUGCAAUGAAAAGUGGCAAGAGAGUAUGAUAUUUUUUUAGGAUGAAUUUUCAUAAAAUAAUUGUUGCUGCAUUAUUUCUACUGAUAAUUAAAGGAUUUUCACAAUAACUUUUUCAAUAUCAGUUUAUCUGAAUUCUCAAAAUCUAUUUUAUUAUGAAAAACAAAGGCGAUGGGCUCAUUUGUCCAUUAAUUAUGUUAGAAAUUAUUUAAUAGGUAGAAAUUUUGAAUAGAUAUGCUUAUUGAUAGCUGUUUAAUGUAUUUUUUAAAACUAUGUGCUUCUUAUAUGAAUUCAAUUUGUUGAACUUAUGAAACUCAGCAAAUUGAAAUUUAAUUAUAAUUUUAAUUGGCUGAGAUAUUGGGCUCAAUUAUUAGUUAUUUAUCUAAUUCAAUUCUACAUUAAUAGCGCAGAAAAUCAAUAGCCUUUGUUCCCCUAGAAUAUUUGUUAAAUUUUUGUUAUGUCAAAAUUUAUUUUUGUUACUAUUAUUUUUGUUAUUUAUUUUGUUAUAUUUUAUGUAUUUAUUUUUUUCGUAGUAUUUAUUUAUUAUUACUGUUUUAUUAAAUUUUUAAUUUAUUUAUUUUUGCUCACAUGCCCUUAACUUGAGUGGUAAAUUUAACUUUUUAUAAAAAACGUGAGCAGUUUUUAUAAAUACAACCUCUUUUGUAAGCCAAAACUAUAGGGCAAAGGAUUUUUACAUUUCAUUUCAUUCUAACUCUAGUUUUCGCUUCAAAUUUAACCCGGGUUAAAAUAUUGAAAAAUAUGUUAUUAUCUUUUGACUUUGUUUCUAAGUAGCAAUUUUAACUCCAAACCUCAAUGUAUUUGAAACGGAAUUGAUACGAAAAAAGCACUUUAGUAACUAUUAGGAAGGAAAAAAAUCUUUUAGGUCAUCAUUUUCAAUUUUUUUCCAUUAUUUCAAAGAAGGAUGUAUUAAGAAAUAAUGAACCAAUUUAAUAUGCAUGACAUUAAAGAAUUUCAAAAAAAGGUAAGGAUGGUUAAGAAUGUAAUCAUAUACUAUGAUAGUAAGAAAUAAUGCAUCACUUAAACUGAUUAUAAUUAAUGAGAUUUAUUGUAUUUUGGUUGAUAAUGUACAGAUAGUUUUAUCUUGAAGUAAUCCUGAUUAUUAUGCCUUGAAUGAAAUGGCACUGUGUAAAGAUAAGUGUUGUUGGGAAUAUGAAAUAAGCAAACUCCUAAUGAAGUCAUUUGUAUUGAAAUACUGGUAUAAAGAAGAAAAAGAAAUUCCUCUUGAAUGAUACAUGAUCUUUACUUCUUAAUCAGUGCUUGUAAAUAGUUAUGAUAAAUUUGAAAGUGCCUUUUAAGUAUAUAGUUCAUUCACUUUGUGCAUUUUGCUACCUUAUAGGCUUAUCUGUAUGUGUGGAUGAUACAUCGAAAUUUGAGCCGUUAAUAAAAAAAAAUCUGUUUAUUUUUAUUUUUUAACGAUCUGCUUUUUGACAUCAAAGUAGAAAUGAAAUUUUUCAAAGAUAUAUUUUCUUCUAUUAUCCAUAUCAAUCAUGCCUUUCAUUUCUUGAAAUCUUAAGAAAAGUAUUGUUUUAAAACAUAUUUUCUGUUUUAAUUUGCUGUUUUAUAUUUUACUGUACAUUCUAUUUUCAAAUGCUUAAUAACCAAAGUUUUGUUAAAAUGAUAAUGUGAAACUACAGUAGCCCCUCGUUCUAUAACAAUGGACAAGAAUAAACCUCAAUACAGAGAAACUCUGAUUAUUUGAUACCCCUUCUAACAUCCGAUAAAAGAUUUCCGACUCUCAUUUCAUCAUUAUUGCAGCUGAUAUUAUCCAAUUACUGUUGCAUUUUUGGAUCUUGUACAGCUGAUCAUUUUUCAUUUGGAAAAAAAUUAUUUUAAUUGACUUACAUUAAACCCUUAACGGCUCGGGAAAAAAUUUAAGUUUAUCUAUUUCAAGUUUUCCAGGUAUAGUUAUGAUAAUUGUUUAUAAUGGUGAACAUAAUUUUAUAUUUAAUUAUGAUUGAAUUCAUUGUAAAUCUGACAACAAUAAUAAAUAAAAAACUUGUAAAAUGAUUUUUGAAAUGCAACAUUGCAAACAGUAAGCAGAAGUGCUAUGCCACUUAUAUAGCAGUAUUGGUCCAUUAAGGCUUGAUUUUAUUGUAUUUAGAAGUUUAGGGAGAUGAAAAAGGGGCACGCCUGAAUGCAGAAGGGGCUACUGUAUUAAUAAAAUUAUUAUGCAUUUUGAUUGGAAUUAUUACAUUAACAUGCUAUUACAUUGUUUAUAUGUUUUCUAAUGAGAUACAAUUCUAUUGUUAGUUUAACAUUGUUGAAUUUAUUUAUAUACUUUUAAACACAAACGUUGUAAUUUUUUUUAUCUUAAUAUUGCUGUGAACAUUAGUGAGGCAUUGUUUUGUAAACUUUAAAUUUGUUUCAUGUCAUGCUUUUUGCAAAGGCAUCUCAAGCAUCGUUAAAAACAUUAGUUUUAUUUUUUAUUGAUUGCUUGUUUAAAAUUUAGCUUUCUAUCAUGUAUAUUUCACAAAACAUGCAAAUUCAUUCAAUAAUUUAUGCAUUUUUAAAUAAAUUUGUAAAAUUCUAAUAUUAGUUUUAAAAAAAUUUUCUGUAUUGAUUCUGAAAUAUACCGUAAAUUUUGUUAUGUAAGUCGACCCCCUAUUUUCAAUUACGAUAUAGCAAAUCUGUGGUACAUCAGAUGUAUUACUCGAGUGCUGAGAAAGCUAAGUAUGAAUAUUUCUAAAAUUAAAAAAAAAUUAUCAAGUCUACAAAAAAAUUCUUAAGUUAAAAAUAUUUCUCAUGUUUUUUUUUUUUUGUUUUUUUUUUUGGAUAUGAUACAUUUGCUCACAAAUUGAGAUAUUAUGAAGCCCCAAGUGAAACAGAAUAAUUUUUUCUGAACGCAAAGUAUUGUUUCUAAAAAAAACCUUUAUAUGUAAAAAAAUAUGAGGGAAAAUACAAAAUUAAAUAUAUAUAUAGCAUAUUAACAAUAGAUUUUUUAAUGGGUAAAUUGAUAGAGUCAUUCAUAUAUAUCUCACUGCUUAUAAUUCAUCGAUAUUUCACAGUCAACGAAUGCCCAAUUUUAUUACCAGUGUAUCUAUCGAUCCCCUGAUAUUCAUAAAAUUUUGAAGUUUUGAAAAGUCAACUUAUAUACCAAAAUAUACGGUAUCUAUUUAUUUUGCAGAAAAAAUCAGAAAUUUACUAAAAAAUGUAGCUUUAAAGUUCUUAUUUCGAAAUAUGUCAUAUUUUAGAUAAUUUUUCAAUUCAUUAGGUGUUUUAUAAUUGCUACUGAGAUUGUAUAUUGCACUACCUUUUGUACAUGCACUUUUAUUUAUGUGUUACUUAUUAAUACAAUUUAGUUAUAUUUUGAAAUUAAAUUGUUAAUCUUAAUGUUUUCUUGGAAUGACGUGAAGUGCAUUUAAUUAUGCUUACUAUUAGGGGAGAGAAAAAAAGAAGCUUAAAAUAAUUUAAAAAAUCUAUGUAACCUGGCGUCCAACUCAAUUGGUUUCACUGUUGCACACAUUGCUUGCUUAAUACUUUUAUCUAUGAAUACUAAGUGCCUUGUUGUCGUUGUUUUUUCCCCUCAUUUGGUAAAGUUAGUACCUAUUCUUGUUAUUUGAACCAGUGCUUCAAGCACAACUGCAAUACCUAAAAACACAAGUACCUAUUUUUAUUUUGAUAGCUGACCUAGUAUUAGUUUUAAUUAAUCUAGAUCUAAAGCUCUGUCACAUUGCACCAACUAUAUACUGGCACUAACUAUAUCUAGUUCUCAUUUAGAAACAUUAAGUACUUCCUUUGAUUUGAACCUAAAAGUCGGAAUGAAAUCAGUGUAUUGAUGUUCAUUAGAUGCAUAAGGAAAAAAAACUAAGACCUUAUCACAGUUUUCAAACUUAUAUAAAUGCAAACAAAUCGUGACUCAAAAUUAAAUUAAAAUUAUUUAGACAUAACUUUUUCCUUCUAAUUUUGAUCACUAAUAUCGAGUAUCUUUAGUACACAUUUGUUGCCUAAUACUCUAUAUUAUACAUUAGAAAUUAAAGUAUAGCUUUAAAGCUCAUUUAAAACAAAAACUUUGAUGCUAUAGUUCGAAUGAGUGCUUAAUGACUAUAUUUGCUUUUUUUGUACGUAAAAUUUUUUUGCCAAGUAUAAUAAAGAGUUAAAUGUAUAAAAUAAUAAUGUAAUAAAAGAUUUGCACUAUUAUAACGAUAAACAAAAAUCAAGCAUAAGAGCUAUAAUAUUAAUUUCUUCCUUUAAAAUGAAAUUACUUUAGAUAUUUCUUUUAACUAUUAAUUUUUUUUAUGAAUUUUGAUAGUUUUUAUCUAUCUUUCUAUCUAUCUUCUUAUCAGCUAAAUUACUAAAUUUUACUUGUGAAUUUUUGCUUUAAUUAAACAUUAUGCUGUUUUAGCUAUCCUUAUGCCACAAGAAAUUUUGAUUUUUUUCACAGUCAUUUCUUAUGUAUUUGUUUUGAUUUUUGAACUUUUCAAUAUAUAUAAACAUUUAUUUAUUGCAUCAAGGUUUUUGCUAUAUAGAUGUUGCAACAAAUACUCCAAAUCACUAUUAUAUCAUUAUAUUCUUUUACUCAGGGAUAUGAUAACGUGACAUUAUCUAAGUCAGUGAUGCACAAACUUCUAACGCUGAAAACCACUCAAAAUUAUUGAAAAACUUUAAAUGAAUGAAAGUUAAUGAAAUUAUAAAAUUAAGUUUAAUGAAAUUAUUAAAUUUAUUGAAAAAGUUGCUCACCUGUUCUUAUUAGAAUCAGAAUUAUCUAGCCAACAGUGUGUAUUUAUGAAUAUUUAUGAAUAUUUAUUCUAAUCAAACUGUAUUAAUAUUAAUUUUAAGUUAUAAUGAUCAAAUAUUUUAACCAAUAAUGUGCAGACGUGUUAUGACGUAGAAGAAAAAUUCUUUACUUAUGUAUCCCUAUCCCUGAAAGAGGAGAAAUUAUAAAAGAAAAGAAAAAAAAUAAAUUAUUUUAAAUUAAUUCUUUUUUUAAAUUCAUUUUUUUUUAAUGUAAAUACAAUUGAAAAUUAAUCUAUGAUUUAAAAAUAUUCAGUUUCACCAAAAUAUUCUUACCUUUUUCUUGAAUCUAACGAAUAUUUAAGUUUUAAUGACCUAAAUCUUCAUAAUCAAAUUCGUUUUAAAAUUGACUUUUAUUUUUCAUCAACUGUUUCUUUUGAGUAUCAUAUUUAUCUGUUAAAAAAUCGAAUUUAAUAUUGUAAAUUUAAGGUUAGUGUCUUUAUGCAUCAAAUUAGAUGCCUCUUUGGCUUAGUGCCUAGAACUGUUAGUAUUUUUUUUAAAAAAAUUUUGCACUACUUUCCUCCUUGAAUUUAAGAUGUUUAAACGUAAAACAUAAUUUAAAAAAUAAUAAAUAAGUUUUUUUUAGUAAAAAAUAUUAGAUUAUAGAAAAUUAUUUUAUAUUAUUACUGUAUGAUGCAGAUAAAGAACUAAUUUUUCUUCCUUGCAUAAAAUUUGAGUAAUGAGUAGGUGAAAUUACUGAAAUAGACAUCUGACAGACAACUCUAUUAAUUGAAAAAUUAAUUCACUCACUAAUAGAAAAAUAAGAGGGGGCAUAACAUAUUAUUUAAAAGCUGGAAUAUAAAUUAAGUAAAUUUGAGAACCAUUUUAAAGAACCAAUAACUGAAAGAUAUAAUUAAUCCUUAUACAUUUUCAUGGCUCUGUUAACGUGUAUCUGUUCGACAUUUUUUUUUUGAUAAACUGAAUUCAAAUGAAAAAUUACAAUACGAAGAAUAAAAUGUUCACAUUUAGGAUGAAAGAAUUUCGGACAAUUACGCAAAUUAGAACACAAAACUGAAAAUCAAAUAACCAAAACAGAAUACUCCUCCUUUACACAGAUUAUGUUGUUUCUAAUGACACUUGGCUACUCCUUGGCAUUUUGUGAAUUAAGUCAGGAAGGUGCGCCUUCUGUUUGAUGAGAGAGCACCACAACAGUGAAAGUACUUCCUAGCUCAAAACUCCACGGGUAGAGGGCAGCGCCACUCAAUCAAAGUCCCUUACUCAAAUGUAGACAUAGAUCUGAAGGGGAAGAAGAUUUUCGCCUGAUCCUUGUACUCAUGGUGUUGCUCAGCGACCAACCACAGGACUUUCUAUUCCACAAAUUUUACGAGUACGUAUAUCGCAUGUAAAUGGUAGGUCUUAGCAGAGUCGAGAAUCAAAACCUGAUCCCUCCAGGCCGGAAGGGCUACCAUGUCCCAUACUGAUUGUUAAUCCAAGAGAUCACUGAUAAUUAUUCCAUGGUAGUUCUAGUCAAAUUUUAGUGGACCCUUACAAACUAAUCGUUAAUUUCAUGCCUUGCUUAAGAUUGAGAGUUUGUGCAUCACUGUUACAAAGCAUAAUUGUAACUUAUGACUUUAAUUUAACUGUUUAUGAUGUAAAAUUUAAUAAAUUUUACUGCAUUAACAAUAAAUUAAAUUUUGACAUUUU